UUAUGCUGUGGAAAACAUCAUUUGCCGCCCAUCGAUGAAAAUUGAGCAAGUUCAGUCAACAAGCUAUAAAAAGCAACGUGUGGCUAUACACUCACAUGUAAAAGGUCUAGGACUAGGACCUGACGGUGUUGCCACGCCCAUUUCUGCUGGUUUUGUUGGACAAGAACAAGCAAGGGAAGCAGCUGGUGUUGUAGUGGAACUCAUUCGUAGUAAGAAGAUGGCAGGGAGAGCUUUGUUACUUGCUGGAGCACCAGCAACUGGAAAGACUGCGCUUGCGUUGGGUAUUGCUCGUGAGUUGGGGCAAAAAGUUCCUUUUUGUCCUUUGAAUGGUUCCGAAGUAUAUUCGUCGGAAGUCAAAAAGACUGAAAUUUUGAUGGAAAACUUUCGAAGAGCAAUUGGAAUACGAGUGAAAGAAAUGAAAGAAGUGUAUGAAGGAGAAGUAACCGAGUGGACACCUGAAGAAACUGAAGAUCCUUUGGAAGGAUAUGGGAAGAAAGUUAGCCACGUUAUUCUGAGUCUCAAAACUGCAAAAGGUUCCAAGCAGUUGAAGUUGGAUCCUUCCAUAUAUGAAAACUUGGUAAAAGAAAAGGUGUCGUUGGGGGAUAUCAUUUAUAUCGAUGCCAAUUCGGGCUCUGUGAAGAGAUUGGGAAGAAAUGAAUCCUAUGCUAAAGAACAUGAUUUGGAAGCAGAUGAAUAUGUACCUUUACCAAAGGGUGAUGUUCAUAAGAAAAGAGAAGUUAUUCAGGACUUGACUUUACAUGAUUUGGAUGUAGCCAAUGCGAGACCUCAAGGCGGCAAGGAUGUCCAUAGCUUAUUGAAUUCUCUACGGACCCCAAAGAAAUCGGAGAUUACGGACAAGUUAAGAAUGGAAGUGAAUCAGAUUGUUUCUGGGUUUAUAGAACGAGGAGUUGCUGAGUUGAUACCUGGUGUUUUGUUUAUUGAUGAAGUUCACAUGUUAGACAUUGAAUGUUUUAGUUACUUGAAUAGGGCCCUGGAAUCUAAUAUUGCUCCCAUUGUUAUAUUCGCUACCAAUCGAGGAAUGACUGAAAUUAGAGGAACGGAUAUUAGAGGGCCCCACGGUUUGCCGGUGGAUCUUUUAGACCGUUGCAUGAUUAUAAGAACACAGCCCUAUACUUUGGAAGAGGUUUCACAAAUUUUGUCCAUUCGAGCAAAGUUGGAAGGUAUUCCUGUUACAGAGGAGUCUUUGAAAGCCUUGGCAGAAAUCAGUAGUCGUACGAGUCUACGAUAUACUGUACAGUUACUAACACCUGCUGGAAUCCUUAGUAAAGUUGCUGGAAGAGAGCAAGUAACGGAAGAGGAUGUAAAGGAAGCCGAUGUUUUAUUUUUUGAUGCCAAACAGAGUGCGCAUAUGUUGGCUGAACAAGGAGAUAAAUUUAUUACGUAAGAGAGAAGUUUGAUUGAAAUUA